AUGGUGGAACACACGAUGCACCAAGGCAAGAGGCGCAUACAGCGAGCACCCUUCCACAUAGAGAAAAAUAAGAUUAUUCAACUAUCUCGGUCCCUCCUCACUUCGGCCCCGCGGUGCUGCUCAGAUACCCAACUUGCGUCCGAGAACAUUGAAUUGCGUUCGCAAGAUGCCGCCAAAAGCGCGAUCUGGAGUUUCUUCUCUCGUGCUGGUUAUGACCUCAAAAAGCCGGCCGACGAAAGUGUCGACUCCCCGCCGGCACCGACCCACGAUUCCCUGCGUCCUGAGCCACAAGAAUUCUGCUGGCCAUCAUCGCGCCAGGAGAACCCGUUCACUCUAGGAGUGGGUGUCUCGUCUGAGGCUCGUGCUCGUGCUCAAGGCGAGGGAGCGGUGAUCGAUGAGGAGGCUCUCGCUGCAUCCAAAGUACUUGAUGCAGCCACGAAUACCAAGGAGGAUGGGGCCCUGUAUGAGGACAUUGACAAUAGAGAUCAGGGUGAUGCCAUUGGUCCCAACAACCCUGAAGAGGAAUUGGACCUGCCAGAGGACGAGUACGACGCUGAGCAGGAUCCGGAUGCCGACGACUGUGAUGAGAUUGAAGUCGCCGGUGAUGAUCUGCCUGAGUCUUUCUCCAUUGCUGGAGGUAUGCGUGUCGUUGUCGAUCCCUAUAGGGGUGACAAGUUCAAGAAGGCCUUGAGUUCUGUUGUCGAGGCCUUGCAGGACAAGAUCACGAACUUAUCUUCCACUUGUGAGGACGUUCUGGGGCAUUUUGCGUCGCACUUCGCGGGGUAA